AUGUCCCAGGCUGAGGCGACACGCACCGAAUCCAUCGACGAGCAGGAGCAUGCUCGAGAUGCUGACGACAAGAAGCCCAAGUCCCGGAGACCCGCCAAUACGGCGUUUCGACAGCAGCGUUUGAAAGCAUGGCAACCGAUCCUGACUCCCAAAAGUGUGCUUCCUCUGUUCUUCAUAGUUGGUGUUUUGUUCGCCCCGAUCGGCGGGGUUCUCAUAUGGGCGAGCUCACAAGUCCAAGAGAUCAGCCUCGAUUACAGCGACUGCAUAAAACUAGCGCCCAACGUUAGUAGCAGUGACGUUAUAACAUCAGGGAAUAACGCGUACUUGAGUCCCGAUUUGGUAUCGUCUACCUUCCGGACAAAGUCUUCACAGAAGCCGAAGCCUUAUUGGAGCAAAACCUGCGAUUCGUCGGAUUUGUGUACCUGCCACCUUUUCUUUGAGAUUCCCAACGAACUUCCGGCACCGGUGUACAUGUACUACCGUCUCACGAAUUUCUACCAGAAUCACCGCCGAUACGUUCAGUCGCUGGAGUUGGACCAACUGAAGGGCACCGCGGUCCCGAAUUCCACUAUAUCCGGAGGCACCUGCUCUCCUCUCGACAUCGAUCCCGUUACGAAGAAGGCCUACUAUCCAUGUGGGCUCAUUGCCAACUCCCAAUUCAAUGACACCAUCGGAAACCCCGUGAAUCUAAACUUAAACUCAACCUACAACAUGAGCAAGAACGGAAUUGCCUGGGCAAGUGACAAAGAUCUCAUCAAGAAGACCCAAUACCAGCCAGACGAGGUGGUCCCGCCCCGCAACUGGGAGCGCAGGUAUCCUGACGGAUAUAAUGCCUCUAACAUGCCCAAUCUUCAUACCGACGAAGAUUUUAUGGUUUGGAUGAGAACCGCUGGCUUGCCGGCCUUCAGCAAACUCUCUCGUCGAAGUGACGAUGCCUCCAUGCCGGAAGGCCUGUACCUGUUGGACAUUGUGGACAAUUUCCCGGUGACCGAGUACGACGGAACCAAGUCAAUUUUGAUCUCUACCCGUACUGUCAUGGGUGGCAAGAACCCUUCUAUGGGGAUUGCCUAUGUGGUCAUUGGCGGUGUCUGUGUGCUCCUCGGGGUGUUGUUCACGAUUGCACAUUUGGUCCGACCCAGGAAAUUGGGUGACCACACCUAUCUCACUUGGGAGUCGAAUCAACCCAGCACCGCAGUCGCCACAGGCCGAGAUGAUCGAUUUGGGCCUAAUGCCAUUUGA